GAUGAGUGAAAAACCCAAAGAAGCCGCCCCCGGCGACGGUAUCCGUUCCAUGCGUUCCACAAACGUAUUCCGGGCCAUUAAUUUCGAACUGUAUGCUAAACCCAAUGUCGUUGUGAUGGGAAUCGGACUCGUUUGCCUUAGCAUCACGUUCGGUUACAUUGCCUACAUGCGAUCCAAGUAUGAAGGUUUAGGCUACUACACGGCAGUACAGGAAGACGGCAAGGAAGUGUUUGUGAAGCGGAAAUCGAAAUGGGAAUAAAAC